AUGAAUUUCACAAAAAUAUUAGUAUUAGCAAUUAUUGCAACUAGUUUAGUUAACGCCAUCGAAUUUUCUUAUGAUCUUCCUGUUAAGAAAAUUCAAUGUUUUGGUGACUCUCUUGGUGAAUUAAUUACUGUAUCUAUAGAGUUAUAUAGCCCAAAUCCUAAUUAUUAAUUCAGAGUUUAUGAUCCAGAAGGAAAGCAAGUUUACAACAUUACAGAAUCUUCAUAAAUUAAUAAAAAGCUUGUCUUUAUUACUCAAAAAGAAGGUAAUUUCCAAUAUUGUUUCUCUAAUCUUGAGGCUGUUCCUAUUAAGGUUAAAUUCAAUUAUAAGACUGGUGUAGAAGCUAAAGAUUACUCAUUAUUGGUGAGCAAGAAUGAUUUGAAGCCUAUUGAAUUGUAAGUUGAAAAGAUGUCAGAUAUGUUAACAAAUAUAGGAAAAGAAAAGAGAAUGAUUAGUAGAAAAGGAAGAUAUAUUUCUCGUGAUGCAGAUGAAGUUAGUUUCAAAGUUUUAGCUUUCUCAAUAAUUACUUUACUUUUGAUGGCUCUUCUUACUGGUUUCCAAGUUGUAUAUCUUAAGAACUUCUUUAAAUCUAAAAAGUUAAUUUGA